AUGGCUAUUGGCACAGAAUUUAUGAAAGACUGCCACAUCGACAGGAAUGGAUUUGCAACAUCUACAACAACCACUACACAAACCACUACACCAACCACUACACCAAUCACUACACAAACCACUACACCAACCACUACACCAACCACUACACCAACCACUACACCAACCACUACACCAACCACUACACCAACCACUACACCAACCACUACACCAACCACUACACAAACCACUACACCAACCACUACACCAACCACUACACCAACCACUACACCAACCACUACACCAACCACUACACCAACCACUACACCCACCACUACACCAACCUCUUCACCAACCACUACACCAACCAGUACAUCAACCACUACACAAACUACUACACAAACAACUACACCAAUCACUGUACCAACAACUACACCAACCACUACACCAACCACUAUACCAACCACUACACCAACCACUACACCAACGACUACACCAACAACUACACCAACGACCACACCAACCACUAUACAAACCACUAUACCAAUCACCACACCAACAACUACACCAAUCACUACACCAACGACCACACAAACAACUACACCAACGACGACACCAACUACUUCACCAACAACUGAACAAACCACUACACAAACCACUACACCAAUCAAUAAACCAACAACUACACCAACGCUUCACCAACCACUACACCAACGGCUACAUCAACCACUAAACCACACACUUCGUCAACCACUACACCAAAACCACCCACUACACCAACCACUACAACAACCAAUACACCAACAACCUUGA